GCAAUGAAUGCAUUUGUUGCUUUCUUCUUAGAAAUCCAUAUCUGCCCAUGGAUUUCCGGGUAUUCCAGGAUCCAAUGGUAUGCCGGGAAUGCCUGGCAUUCAGGGGCCCCAAGGACCGCAGGGAAGAGAUGGAGUUAAAGGCCAGACUGGUGAUAAGGGAUCGCAUGGAAUGCUAGGACAAAUGGGAGAAAAAGGAAAUGAAGGGCCUCGUGGAAAGAGCGGACCGCCAGGAAUAAUGGGAAUAAAAGGAGCGCGCGGAACUGUGGGAGAUCAAGGAAUAAAAGGCGAUAAGGGAGAGAAAGGAGAAAGCGUGACAAGUCCUUCUAGUGCAGUGCCACAAACUAAGUGGAAACAAUGUGUGUGGAAGACUAAUGAUGGUCGAAAUAGCGGUAAGAUUAAGGUAAGAGUAAAACGUUCUGAUUAAGAAUGGUUAUGAGCAAAAUUACUGUUAUCACCUAAUGUAAGUUAAAAUUU